AAACACGCAUGACACUCUCUCUGAUAUCAACGCCUUGAAAAAUUUACCACCUCCAUUUGGACCAUUUCUCUCUCUCUCUCUCUCUCUCUCUCUCUCUCAUCGAUCUGAGAAUCCAUGGCGGAGCCAGAACCAACAGCCGCAUCGCUGAUGGACAAGAUCCACAGCCACCACUCCUCAUCUUCGUCGGACUCCGACGACGACAAGAAGUCCAAGCGCGCUGCCGCCGUCAAAACCAAGGUUGAUGACAAGCCGUCGGCGCACGAUUCCGUCAAAUCCAAGAUUUUCAGGCUCUUCGGGAGAGAAAAGCCUGUUCACAAGGUCUUGGGCGGCGGCAAACCUGCUGAUGUUCUCCUAUGGAGGAACAAGAAAAUAUCUGCAAGUGUCCUCGGCGGUGCCACUGUUUUAUGGGUUUUCUUUGAGUUGCUCGAGUACCACUUAAUCACUCUGGUGUGCCAUUUAUUGAUACUUUCUCUGGCGGUCUUUUUCCUGUGGUCCUAUGCAUCCACCUUUAUCAACAAGUCGCCACCACAAAUCCCAAAAGUUCAAAUUCCUGAGAAGACUGUCCUUGAACUUGCCUCUGCUCUGAGAAUUGAAAUCAACAAAGGAUUUUACGUUUUGCGGGAUAUUGCAUCUGGAAGAGAUUUGAAGACAUUCCUUGGAGUUAUAGCCGUCUUGUGGAUUUUGUCGGUGGUUGGGAAAUGGUUCAACUUUCUGACCCUGUUCUACAUAAUUUUUGUGUUGCUGCACACUCUGCCGGUGAUUUAUGAGAAAUACGAUGACCAGAUUGAUGCCUUUGGCGAGAAGGCGUGGAUCGAAAUAAAGAAGCAGUAUGCGGUGUUUGAUGCCAAGGUUUUGAGUAAAAUCCCCAGGGGUCCAGUGAAGGAGAAGAAGAAGGAUUAGACACGUCGUUACGAUGUUAAGCGUUUACUAGGGUUCACAUUUUAGUCACUGUUUUUAGUCGAAAUCGUUUAAUUCCGUUAGAUUACUGUCUUUCUGCGUUGUGGUUUAGUACUGGUUACAGCUUACUGUUUUUCGCACAGUUUACUGUCCUUCGCUAUUAAUAGUAUAUGAAAGUUUUAAGUCUAAUUUUCUUAUUA